AUCAAAAUUCAAAAUAACCCCGAUAGUGUAUGUUUACUUGAGGAAACUAAUGGCUUUUAGGAUUCUACGUGUGAUAGUCACUUCCGGGUAAUGCUGAGCAGUGAGCACACUUUUGGGUACCAGGGAGGAGUCGUAGUUGAAGGAUGAAAGCAGUGAAGACACUUAUGAAGGUUCUGGUGUCGAAGCAACUCCCACCCGAGGGGAUGAAGAUUCUGACAACUUCUGAAGUGUGUGAAGUGUCUCUGUGGGACACAGACGGGCCACGGUCGGAGCUUCUCAAGAAUGUGCAGGGAGCCCACGGUCUGCUGUGUCUGCUGUCAGACAAAAUCGAUGCUGAGGUUCUAAAUGCUGCAGGACCCAACCUGAAAGUAAUCAGCACAUUUUCUGUGGGAUACGACCACUUGGCUCUUGAUGAAAUCAAGAAACGCGGCAUACGUGUCGGCUAUACUCCUGAUGUUCUGACUGACGCCACAGCUGAACUGACUGUUGCUCUUCUCCUGGCAACUGCUCGCAGAAUACCUGAGGCGGUGGAGGAAGUGAAAAAUGGCGGCUGGAAUUCUUGGAGACCACUCUGGAUGUGUGGAUACGGUCUUUCAGGCAGCACUGUUGGAGUCAUCGGGCUGGGACGCAUUGGGAUGGCCAUUGCUCGGCGACUCAUGCCAUUUGGAGUGAAGCGGCUGCUCUACUCUGGAAGAACAGCAAAAGCUGAUGCUACAGAGUUCAAUGGGGAGUUUGUUCCUCUGGACACACUUGCAACUGAGAGCGACUUUGUUGUAGUUUCAUGCUCACUAACUCCAGAAACCCAAGGCCUUUGUAAUAAGACCUUAUUCAGCAAAAUGAAGAACACUGCUAUCUUCAUAAACUCAAGCAGGGGGGCUGUAGUGAACCAGGAGGAUCUGUACGAGGCUCUGAACAGUGGACAAAUUGCUGCAGCUGGGCUGGAUGUAACAACACCUGAGCCACUUCCGACAAACCACCCGCUUCUUACACUUAAAAACUGUGUGGUUUUGCCUCACAUCGGCAGCGCCACCUACUCCACAAGAGGCGUCAUGGCUUCCUUGGCAGCCCGAAACCUGCUCGCAGGGUUACAGGGCACACAAAUGCCCAAAGAACUAACCUUUUAGAACCUGAAAUGAACUGACCAACAAGCCUUUCAUCUGCCCCCGUACUACUUGGCUGGCACAGUGAAUAUAUUGUGACAUCAAUGAAUGAACAUAGUGAAGAAAUGUGUUAUUGCACUAGCUCAGAAAUUGUUACUUUGUGUAUGGCAUCUGUUACAAACCCACUAACAGCACUUUUAAGAUAAUCCUGAAACUAUUUGUUGCAUUUAAAGUAGGGAUGUCCUGAUCACAUAUUUUGGCAUUUUAUUCCAAGUCUGAGUCACCUGAUUUUAAGGAGCUGCCGAGAACAUGUCCCAGUGCGAUUCCUCAAGAAUGAAUUAAAAAAAUGAAACAUC